GGACGACGAAGUCUUGAUGCCGAUGCCGGCCGAAUACCACGAGGGCCACGGUAACCACGAGAACGCCAAUUUCGCUCUCGGGUCCACACAGGACGCCAACAACAUGACGGCCAACAUGUACCGGGUGGGAGAUUACGUGUAUUUUGAGACUGCCACCUCGUCGCCGUAUCAGAUUAGGAGGAUAGAAGAAUUAAAUAAGACCGCGAACGGGAAUGUGGAAGCAAAAGUCAUGUGUUUCUUCAGGCGGAGGGAUUUGCCGACUACCUUAGUUAUGCUAGCAGACAAACAUCAAUUGGCAAGCGCGGAGCAGCAGAGGUCAGAAUCCCCUGCGAGUACACAGAAUCAGAAACUCGAGAAUCCCGACACUACUAAGGAAAUGACUAAUAAAGAUGGUAUCGGGCCCAAAGUGAUGAUCAAAGGGGGCGGGAAAGGGGGCUGGCUGAAGGCCCCAUUAUCAGAGGCCCAAGAGCCCCAUGGGAUGGAAGAAGGUGUUCCCGGAGGAGUAACAGAAUUAAGUUCUAAGCAACGUCACCAAAUGAAACACAGAGAGCUGUUUUUAUCGCGACAAGUGGAGACUAUGCCUGCUACGCACAUUAGAGGCAAAUGCUGCGUUACGUUAUUGAAUGAAACCGAAUCCUUGACGAGCUAUCUAAACAAGGAGGAUUCAUUUUUUUAUUGUUUAGUAUUUGACCCUGCUCAGCGUACUUUGCUUGCUGAUAAAGGCGAAAUUAGAGUAGGUAAUAGAUAUCAAGCAACAGAAAUACCAGCGGUAUUGACAAUGCCAGAAAGAGAGGCGGAUACUCGCAGAUUACAAGACUUGGAAACUUUGGUUUGGACUCCGAAACAUAAUUUGACAGAUCGUCAGAUUGAUCAAUUCCUCGUCGUUAGCAGAUCAGUAGGCACCUUCGCGAGAGCCUUAGACUGUUCGUCCUCCAUUAAGCAGCCCUCCUUGCACAUGUCCGCAGCUGCUGCAUCUAGAGACAUUACUCUGUUUCACGCGAUGGACACAUUGCACCUGCAUGCCUACGACUUAUCGAAUGCCUUAGCGUCUCUAGUACCUAGUACAGGUCCCGUAUUGUGUCGAGAUGAGAUGGAGGAAUGGAGCGCGUCCGAGGCGAAUCUGUUCGAAGAGGCGCUCGAGAAAUAUGGAAAGGACUUUGCGGAUAUACGAUCGGACUUUUUACCAUGGAAAACGUUGAAGAACGUAAUUGAGUAUUAUUACAUGUGGAAAACGACGGAUCGGUACGUUCAGCAGAAGAGAGUGAAAGCUGUAGAAGCGGAGAGUAAGCUGAAGCAAGUUUACAUACCAAAUUAUAACAAAACCCCUACGCCGACAACCGCUCCUUCCACCGCCACGAUUGUACCUCUGGGUAAUAGUAAUAGCAACAGUAACGGAAAACCAACCAGCGUUUUGAACGGUAACAGUAACGGCAGCAUGGUGGGUGACAAUUCCGGAAUACUUAUGGUCGGAGUGGGUGGGAAACCUUGCGAGGGUUGUCAAGUCGUUCAGAGUUCACAGUGGUACUCCUGGGGACCGACGCAUAUGCAAUACCGUCUCUGUCAAUCUUGUUGGACAUAUUGGAAGAAGUAUGGAGGGCUCAAGGUGCCGUCGCGCAUAGACGACGUCGAUCUCGAUAGGAAACGCGCCGGCGCCGGUUCGGACGAAGAGAGCAAGGGGAUGGGCGGCGCGCACAGGCCGCAUCGAUGCAGCAUUCCCUCCUGUGGCAAGGAGUUCAAACUGAAGGCUCACUUGAGCCGUCACUACGCGAGCGCGCAUGGAGUGGAUCUGCGCGGCACCGCCGGAAGCGGCGGCGGCGGCAGCGGAUCGCCGCGGCCGGUCAUGAAGACCCGGUCCGCGUUCUACCUGCGCACCUCCUUGCUGGCGCGCGCCGCGCGACGUCUGUGCGCCGCACAAUUGCGCACACGUCACGCCGCGCGGGCGCCCCAUCAGCCGGUGAAUGCCGCGCCGUUGCGGCACCUAUGCGCCCAGCUGGCAUCUAAAACACCUACGGAACUACGUAUUCUUGCACGCGCCGUACGGCCUCGGCCGCGUCCCCAAGUGAUCGACAUCGCCUCGCGCCUAGGCGAUCAUCCAGCACCUCGGCAGCCCGGUGACUGGGACUGGCUGACACUAACUGCCCCAGCACAACGCAAACAGCCCGAACGAGUCUCAUUUCCACGUCCGCCAAAGGCACCGGACGGCAGUCUUUUGUACGAGAGGGUACCAAAUAAACCUGAAGUGGACAGGCUCACAUUGACGCCACCCCAGCUCCAGCCUGUCAUGUCGACCCAACAAAAUAUCUUGAAACGCCCAAGAUCGUUCGACGAAAUUAACGGUUCAGAUGGUAUCGCUCUGAACGCAGGGCUUCCUUCUGGUGCACCGCCUGCGAAAAGAGCUCAUCAUCCACAGCAACUGCAUCCGAAGCAUACGCUGGAACAUCCCGCGCCCGCAGUUCUUCCUCUCGCGCCGCCUCUUAACGGCAGGGCCUCUCAUCCGCUGCCUCAUGGUCCGCCGUUGUCCAGAAGUAACGCACGUAAGCAAGUCAUGUCGUGGAUGGAUGCACCCGAUGACGUCUACUUCCGUGCCACCGAACAGAUCAAAAGAGCUCGAAGAGCUCUGUCUUCGGUGGAGUUACGAAGAGCAGCGCGCAAACCAUGGCGCAGAAUGUCGCUCCCCCUGAAUCCACCGCUUCACCUCCAAAGAGCAGGUCGUCAAGACGAAAUGGUUGUCAUCUUGGAUUGAAUCCACAUAAACAAGAUGAACUCAAGCGAAUGAUACUGUAUGUCGGUUCGCUAAUUGCGAGACAUGACUCUGUUAACGUAACUUUAACAAGUGAAACUACAUUUAGUGAAAAGGUCACAGUUUCGUGUAUUGUUAUCAGCAGUUGCGAUGGAUCGAAACAACAAUCACUAACUUAAAAAUCGAAAGAUCCUAAAAGCUUUUCUAUGAAAAACUUCUUCUCAUGGAAGCUGAGCAAGUCGUGGUAAUAAAAAAAGGCCUUGCUUGACCGACGAACAUGCAUGUUGAAUAAUCCAGAACAUCGUUGAACGACUUUACUACUUACUGAAGAAUUAAUGUUCAGCGAACUAAGUCAUACAACGUGAAACAUGAUUUUCUAUUCGUAUUAAUUAUUGUUGUUAUUAAUAAUAAUUAUUAAUUGAAUGUACAUAUACAUUAUACUACACGUAGCCAUGUAACACACGUACACACCCAGCUCAUUUAACACGACAUACAUAUAUUGCCGUCAUACACAUGACACACGUAAUAUACACACAUAUACACAUACACACACAUACAC